CUAGGACCCUUGCUGUCUAAUAUUUUUGCCAACGACGUCUCUCUGUGCGUAAAACAUUCAAAUAUGCAGCAGUUCGCUGAUGAUGUCUUCAAACAAAUAAAAUCACAUGUUGAUUGUGUUCUGCUACAGGAGGAUAUUACUGCUAUUUCGUCAUGGUGUCUUCAAAAUAAAUUAACGUCUAAGGCCAAAAGAACAUGUGUUAUCUUCUUAUCAAGGAAGAAACGAGUGUAUAUUGAUUCAUCCCUUAGUUUUACAAAUCAUGUGUCAAAUUGGGUUAGCUCUUGCUCGCGACUUUUAGGUUUGUUUUCACGUAUUACCCGUCGUUUCAAAGAGCCGUCCUGUAUCGUAAGGAUUUACACAUCGAUUGUGCGCUCGAAACUGGAGUUUGGCUCUGUAGUU